GAGGGCGUGUAGGGGUGUUGUCACAGCCCGCAGUUUGGGGGGUAUGGGCGGGGGGCUGUCAAGUCUGUCUGAGAGACUGUUGCCAGACAGGCGAGUCUCCAUCCUGCCCCUCAUCUACUGCAUCCUCCUCGGUUUCUUACAAUCUUUAAUAAUGCAUUUGUUUUUUGUUUUUCAUUCGUUUUUUUUCCAUUUAGCUCUAUUGUACGUUUUACCUCUCUCUCUCUCUCUCUCUCUCUCUCUCUCUCUCUCUCUCUCUGUUUCUUGCACACGCACACACAAAUACACACACAUGCCAAGACUGCAUUAAUAUGAGCACAUGGUUAGACCACUGGCUGUCUACAUUGGGAUGGGAAGGUCCAUUCUGUACUAUAAGGCUAGAGUAGGCGUUACACAGAUGGACAAAGAUUUUUAAGAGCGCUGCCAUGCUGGUAUAAGGUCUCUCUUUUCUGCACUGAUGGUCCGUGGCUAAACUGCUACGACACACUGCAGCGUCCUCUACAGAAGCCCUCCAAUUAUAACAGAGACACACCAACUACCAUCAACAAUGUAGAUGCUGUAUGGGAAAGUCCUCAGGAAGCGUUCCAUAAAUCAGUAUGAGUAAAUGAGACUGCCACUGAGUUUUAGGAUUAACAGAGCAUGUUUGGACCUGCAGCUCUGGAGUCAAUUAUUAAACGCACACGGAUACAUCACUUCUAGUCCGGCACAUACUAUCCCACAUUCCCUGGGAAAAGUGUCAGAAGGGAUGGGACUGUGUUUAUCUUCAUUCCUUUGAGGAAUCAGGUGCUUUCUGUCACCUGGGUAACUGAAUCUCCAUGGAUGUCAUAACCAACCCGCUGCCUGAACCGAGUGACACGGCCCCACCAAGAUCUGUAACAUCAGAAUCAGGCAGCUGGAUGUCAUUCACAAUGUUUCUUAGCGAACUGGCAGCAAGAAAGACAUACGCAGUUGUGCUGACCAAAAGCCUUUAGAACGAUGGAAGAAAAUGUGAAGAAAGUCCAGACGGAAAAUAUAUCAAGCCAGGAUGACUGCAAUCUAAAGUGCAAGCAAUAUCUUAUCAGUUUGUUUGGUGAAUCAACAGCUGAGUAUUUUCUCAGCCCUUUUUCUUGCUCAAAGGACGUACCUCAUUGGUUUUCCCAGCUACGAGAUGACAUGAGAGAUGACAUGAGUGCAGGAGCCCUGUGGGACGCUCUGACACAACGCUCUACACAGAUAUCACAAGAAUCAAAUACAGACCUAUCAAUGAUUGCGAGAAGGGUUGUAGAUUGGAAGACGCUGAAGGAACAGGACCAUCUGAAGCACCUGUCAGGGGUCAGACACAUGUUCCGCACUGCUCAGCGUAACCAGGCCAUCACAGCCCUCCUUCUCCAACAUAACCCUCGUUUUAACAGUGAGAUGAAUAAUGAUAAAUAAUGAAGCCGAGAUAAAAAAAAAGAAUGGUUGACUGCAUUUAUUUUGACAUUGGUUUGACUGGCAUAUGCAUUUAUUGGGAUAAAAAUAGUAAAGAGUGUUGAGUUGUUGUGAAGAAGUGUAAUUGA